AUGGCCAAGAAGAACGACUGGCGCUUGCCUGUGGCCUGUGUGAAGUACAACAUUGGCUCCUUUCUUGCUGUUUUCUCACUGGGCCUCCUCGGCUUCUGGCAAAACCCUGCGUGGGCAGACUGUCCAGGCCUUGAGGAGAGCUCAUCCUUCCGGCUCCGCCGUGGCGUAAACGAAGCCCUGAAGGAAUGGAGCUCUUCUCAGGGCAAAGAGGACCUUGAAAACUCGCGUGAGGAACAGGAGGAGGACAGUGUGGAAGACUCGGAAGCGGAAAUCCCAAAGCAGGAUCCGGCCGAGGACUCGAAAGGCCAGGCCGUGAAGCCCGCGAGCUCUCCAGAGCCGGCACCAGUGAGAGCCGGUUCUCCUGUAGUUGACACUGCGCCUGCUCGUGCUGCAGCACAUGCCCCUGCCCAAGGCAAGUCGAAGUGGGUGUUCUGCGCAGGACAGUGGCAGGAAUGCACCUGUGAUGGUGUAGUGCGGUGGGGCAACAACGACAAGUGGCUCUACAUCAAGCCGAAAGCAGCCGGGGAACUUCUCACAGUAAAGUGCAGCAUCCAGGUCCUGAACGAUAUUCUUCCAGGCGAUGACGGCAAACAUUGCGAAUGUCAGGUGACGCCGGGAACGCCUUUCUACCAAGGACUGAACCCCAUGUGGCUGCUCCCGGAAGAAGCGGAAGCUGAGGGUGCGGCUUUAGUAUCUUCUUGCGACAUCUUUGAGAAGGCCAAGGACAGCGGCCUCUGGGGCCGCAACCAGUGGCGGGCAGUCGAGGCGUUUUGCUCUGAAGAUUGGACAGAAACAGCAGAGUCCCGUGCGGGCGACAGGCAGAUGAGCCUGGACAUCAUGCGUAAAUUGAUGCAGGCUCGAGUCGAUCCGCGUUUCAAGGAUGCUUACAAGGCUCACUUCGCCCAAUCUGGUGAAAUGCGGGGCUGGACGCCGAAGGCGUAUGUCAACUAUUUCGCGAGCACUCCAUCCGGGAAGCACGCGAAGAUGACAGAAGAGCUUGUUCGAUCCGUACACCGCUUCUCCAAGAAGGUGAUCAUUGUGGUGAACUUCGGCAUGACGACGUCAGCGAAGCUUACCCCAGAGCGAUAUCCUCGCCUGAUUCUGCUGCAUGCUGAUCCGAUGGAUUCCGCAUUGAAGAGAAGCUUCAACUUCAACAAGCUUCGUGCCUUCCUCUUUGCACGGGCUUUGGCAGGGGUCGGCUUGGACUCCGACCAGUUUGUCGCACCCGGCGUCGACCAACUCUUCGAGAUGACUGAGCGAGAGAUCACUGCAGACUAUCCACUCCCCAUCAUGCCAGUUCACUUCUUGGACCGAGGACCCAAGGAUCUAGGCGUUUGGUGGAGCCGAUACUGUGUUGAUACAGCGUGCAGUCUCCAAACGCUGCGAUGGGGACAUGCUCAUCCUUCCUGGACCCAUUGGGCAUUGCCGUUCAUCGGGAAGUGGCUCCGAAAGAAUUUCCGAGAUGAGACAUUGCCGGAGAUUACCGGGAAGACUCAAGCGCCGUCUUUGCGAGUGCUGGACAUUCCCGAAGAUGAAGACUUGCUGAAUGUAGCCCUGUGGGAAGAGAAAGCCACCAAGCAGUGGUGCAAGUUUGAUAUCACUGAUCCGACUGAAUUCACGUCCCUCUUCGACUGGAAGCCCAAGAAUGGCAACAAGUGCUUCGGUUGCGCCAACAUUAUGUCAGACAAACGGUUCUACAAACAUGGCGGUGCCGCCAAACUGUUUUACACUGCACACCAUGCGGUGGUCCCAUCCGAGACACGCAAGCAAGUCGAUCAAAUCGAGAGCAAGCUGAAGGAAGGUAGCUGGCCCGCCUCCACAAUUGUUUUCAACCAGAGAUUGUGGACCGCAGAUGAGCUGCGCAAAGCACAUCCACAGCUGGAAUGUUUGGUUUGA